AUGGAAUUGGGAAGAAGGCCCAUCCAACAAGGACACCACCAUUCCCUUCUUCUCCCACUAUCUCAGCUUAUGCUGAAGUUGGAGACAAUGCAUAAUGUCUCAAAGACAAGUAUUAAUAUCAUUGCCCGUGAAUUAGACGAAACCAUGACUCAGAGCUUCUUUGAGGCACGUCAGCAUGUGGGCAAAAUACUGGUGAAUGAAGACUGUCCUGCACAUGUGACUGCGGGAGUUCUUGGGUACUUGGAACCCCAGUCAAUUAAAGCAUUGACAACUACAUAUCUUCGUGAGAAAUUUUAUGAGGAGCAGUUCAACUUGAUUGAGCCUGUUCCCAUAAAGCUGGGCAGCAAAGACAUUUAUGUAGGUGGCUUACUGAAAGAAGUUGACAGCAUUGGGUAUAUAGUUCCAUUGCUGAAGAGUUUGUCACAAUUGUUGUCCCUUGAAGAUGUAUAUCAUCACGUGUUUCACACCAAAUCCCCAGUAAAUGAUGGGAUCAUGAGGGACUGGUGUGAUGGGGCAUUUUUUCACAAACAUCCUGUGUUUUCUUGUAAUCCCAAUGCCCUCUCCCUCAUCAUGAGCUAUGAUGAUAUUGAACUAGUAAUCAUAGUCUCAGAGAGAGAUGUAGUAUUCUUAUAUGAGGAUUUGGACAUUGUUGAUUUCAAUAUGCAGCUUCAUGCAUAUGAGCUUUUGGAUGAUCCACCACUGCCAGAAUUCACCAGCACUUUGAAGCAAAAGCUAAGUAAGGGUGAGAUACUGGACCAUUGGCCCAGGUUCAUAUCAGAGUGUGGAAACUUCUAUGUGAAGUUGGGAAUUUCCACAAAAGAGGAGUAUUGUAUGGUGGGAAAAGAAAUGUACAAAUCUUAUCCCUGCAUUGAGUUGGAAGGGCGGCAUGAGUGGCCAGAGGAGCAGCAGCAAAAGGACACUACUGCAACUCAGAAAGAAUCUCCUGGUGAAUCCAAGGAGACAUCAAAGAGGAAAGCUGCUGAAAUGGAACAAGACCCUCAAUACCAUUCUCUGAGAGGUCCCAAGAAGCUGAAUAAGAAGCACGGAGAGAAUUCAGUUCAUUCCAUUUCCUCCUGUGUGAUGAGGGCAGAUGCCUGUGUGGCAAGGGUGGAUAUUGCUCAUGAAGAGAAAUAUCAGUUGGAGUUGGUAAAGGAAUUGAAGAGAACAAGAUAUGACAUGGGAAAAGUAAAGUUACUUCUCUCCCACACCUUUCAUUUGAGAUCCCAUUUGCUUAGUCAUGUGAAAGAUGGAAAAUACCUGAAGGCAAUUAUUGAUCUGUAUCCUUGCUUCAGAGAUGGGGAAUUUUUUUUCCAUGAGAUGCAACUACUCUUUGGAGUUAGUGCUAUGGACCAGGCCAAAAGAAACAUGGAGCAACUGUUUCAUUUUCUGUGCACAGAAUACACAGCUGCAAAAGACAGUGUUGAAGAUAUGGCACAUGCUGCUGUAAAAUUCCAGAAGUCAGUUUCAGGGAGACAGGGUCAUUUGCAACUCCUCACUGUGGUUUCAAAUGUGGAAGACUACAAGCAGGCCCUCGAGACAUUUGCAGGAGAGUCACCGAGGAUGGUUCUCCUUCUUGAUGGAGGUGUUGGACAAAUUACCAUCGUUGGUGAUACACUGAAAGUGGCUCUGCCACAAAAAUCAAGAAAUGAUGUUCCAGCCAAUGCGUGGUGUCCCUUAAAGGUGAUCAUUUUGGGCCCAGAAUUCUUCCCCCAAUGGGAUAAGGAAUUGCUUUACCAAGACUCAAGGUCGUACGAGCCUUAG